AUGAAAUUGAUGAUGAGUGAUUACAAGGUGGAUACCAUCAACGACGAUUUGCAGAUGUUCUAUGUGACAUUCCAUGGACCCACUGACAGUCUUUAUGAGGGAGGUGUAUGGAAGAUAAAAGUCGAACUUCCUGAAGCUUAUCCAUACAAAUCUCCAUCAGUAGGAUUUGUUAACAAGAUUUAUCACCCAAAUGUGGAUGAAUCUUCGGGCGCAGUUUGCUUAGACGUAAUAAACCAGACAUGGAGCCCAAUGUUUGAUCUUAUCAAUGUUUUCGAGUCAUUCCUUCCGCAACUGCUUCUGUAUCCAAACGCAUCAGAUCCAUUCAACGGAGAAGCUGCGUCUUUGUUGAUGCGAGACCGCACAGCCUAUGAGCAGAAAGUGAAAGAAUAUUGUAAGACAUAUGCUAAGCCAGAGGACAUUGCACCUGAGGAGAACUCAAGUGAUGAUGAUGAUGAUGAUGAAGAUGAUAGCAUGAGUGACAAUGGUUCCGAAUCUGACGACAACGAUGAAAUUGCUGGAAAAGCCGAUCCAUGA